UCUAACAACAACUCUGUUCAGGGAUAGACUGUCCGUUCGAAACCAGAGAACGUGCGUCGCCGCCGCCGCCGCAGCAACCGCCUCCUUCGACGUCGUCGUCGUCGCAGUCUUCGCGUCCUCCGACAUCCUCCUUGUAUACAUACAAACAUAGUUUCUCGUCCGGCACCGAGCAAUAUUUUCAUUAUUUUUUUCUUUAAAAAGAUUCGAAAAUAACAACAGUCCUAUAAAUAGAAACGACCGUCGUCCGAAUACAAUUUUCCAACAGAAACAGACAUUGAGAAGUUCUAAAUUUUCGCAUUUUGUUUCUUUAAAAAAAAAACAACUAAUUGUUUCUAUAUAGUAGUAGAAAUGAUAAGAAAUAACUGUGAUUCGUGCAAUUUAAUGGUGAUUUCGAUAGUUCGAUCAAUGUGCCCAAAUAUCUUCGACUGAGAUGAGAAACGACGACGCGGCUACUAUUGUGGAUCUAGUAGCGUAAUGAGCCAAAUGAAUCAUCCAUCCGCGAUGACAAACCCGAACAAAUAAUAAAUACAGCACGCGUCUCUCGAAGCCUUCAGUCUUCCGAAGACACUCAGAUGAUCAGAUCGACGGUACCUUCUAGCUAGACAGACAGACACUAGGUGUAGUACUACAAUCCAUCCGUACGACGAAGUAUUUAUAUUGUCCGCAUCGCUGGGCACUGGUACUGCCGCUGUUGCUGCUGCUGCGAAGAGACGGCGCCGGUAUUUUUAGAAACCACGUGUGAAUCCUCUCCUCAUGUUGAUGGGAUAAAUUUAAAAAAAAAUAAAACAAAAAUAAAAGAUAUAUAGAAAUAAAAGCUGAAAGGAAAUUAGUUACAUAUGAUACAGUUUCCCACACACCAAAAACGUUCAGUUUUCUUUUGUGUGUUUAUGAGUGAGAUCUGCAAUUGACCAAUUAAAACAUCGAGGACCAAAGCAGAAACCGCAACAAAUUGUGUGUGUGUGUUUUUUUCUUCUUCUCAUAUUGUGGACUAUUUUCGUUAUGUUACACGGGUGUGAUUCAGUGAAUAUGUGAAUAGGUUUCUAUUUUAUUUUUUUUCUUGUGAGUGAGUGUAUUAUUUUUUUGGACAGUGGCUUCAUAAAAUCUGGGCACGAUGCCCUCGAAAAAGCAGUACGAUUUGGUGCAAAACGAUGACUAUGAUACCAGGAUACCGCUGCAUCCUGAAGAGGCCUUCCACCAUGGAAUCACAUUCCAAGCCAAG